AGGACCUGGCUAACCUACCAAUCACCAUCACAAAGAAAAUGGCUACCCCAGUGCCAUUACCAUCAUUUCAUACUCGCACUGGGUCUCUUGUGGCCCUGAGUAAUAACAAUCGUACUGCACAGAGGAAUCACCCUACCCAAGAAUUUAAUAAUGGGGUAGUUCUCAGUGCAGAGCCACUCCAAGACAAUCAGGUUUUCGAAGUUAAAAUUGACAGAAAGGUAAAUUCAUGGAGUGGCUCCAUCGAGAUCGGGGUGACUGUGUGCGAGCCUAGCAACCUCAACUUCCCAUUCAGCGCCACAGGGUUUCGGGACGGCACCUGGGUCAUGUCAGGCAUGAGCAUCUUGUGUGAAGGUCACUCACUGGUCGAAGACUAUGGAUGUGACCUUGAUCAGCUCACUGAAGGGGACAGGGUCGGUGUGAUGCGGUCGCCAGAGGGAGCUCUCCACUUCUAUGUAAACGGGGUCGACCAGGGCAUGGCCGCCACAGGCAUCCCCUCCCAGGUGUACGCUGUCAUUGACCUCUACGGCAAAUGUGCCCAGGUGUCAGUGUGUAAGCCCACCCAGGUUGCAGAGAGGGAAAAUGUACACCUGAAUAACGACCUGACCAAUGAAAUGGCCCAAGAGUUUUUGGCGGAGAUUUCGAACCAGAUAGCCAACGACCUGGCUGCAGAGCGGGACGGGAGCGGCUCCGACGACGAGAGGGGACCCAGAGACACGCUGCGGUUUCACGAACGUUGCGGUAAUUUGGUCAAACUGAGCAACAACCGCCGAUCGGCUGAGCGGGAGCGCCCUCUGGAUGAGUUUAACAAUGGCGUCGUCAUGACAAACAGGCCCAUACGAGACAAUGAAAUUUUCGAGAUUCAGCUUGACCGUCUGGUGGACAAGUGGUCAGGCUCCAUCGAGGUGGGCAUCACCACCCACAACCCCAACACACUGGACUUCCCAGCCACCAUGACCAACAUGCGGAACGCCAGUGCUAGCCGGACAAUCAUGAUGAGUGGCUGUGGCAUCUUGACCAAUGGGAAGGGAACACGCCGCGAGUAUGGACAGUUCAAUCUGGAUGAGCUCAGUGAGGGCGACCGCAUCGGUCUGGUGCGCAAGUCCAACGGUCACCUCCACUACUUCAUCAACGGUCUGGACCAGGGCAUGGCCUCCUCCAACUCGCCGUCCCCGGUCUGGGGCGUGGUGGACCUCUACGGCAUGGCAGUCAAGGUGUCCAUCGUGGACCACACGCCCGUCGACCCGCCAGAGACGGCCUCGGCGACCGCCGCGGGCACCUCCAGCUCCCUCCCCGCGCAGCCCGCCGAGCGGAGCCUGGGCAACAUGCUGCGGCAGUUCCUGGACUCGUGCGAUGGCGGGGACCGCGCCGACUCGCAAGCUGGCACAGAGACAGAGGAGGUGGAGAAGCUUUUGUUCAGCCCGGUGUGCGGGGUUAACGCUGCCGUCAUCAACGGAAACAAAACUGCCCACAGGCCCAAUGCCACAGAAGAUUUCAACAACGGUGUGAUCCUGACCAACCGCAUCCUGCGGCCCAACGAGGUCUUCGAGGUGCGGCUUGACCGGCUGGUGGAGAAGUGGGCGGGCUCCGUCGAGAUCGGGCUGACCACCCACCAGCCCGGCGAGCUGGACUUCCCGUCCACCAUGACCAACAUACGCUCAGGCACCUGGAUGAUGACCGGCAACGGGGUCAUGCACAACGGCUCCACGGUCAUCGAGGACUACGGGCAGAACCUUGACCGGCUCAAGGUGGGCGACAGGGUCGGCGUGGUGCGUAAACAAGACGGGACGGUCCAUUUCUUCGUCAACAGCGUGGACCAGGGGGCCUGCGCGGCCAACGUGCCCGCCACCGUCUACGGGGUCAUCGACCUCUACGGCCAGGCCGCUCAGGCCACCAUUGUGGAUAUUUCAGAUGCGCUGACCUCACCUGACACAGAUUCGAGCGUGUUCACAGAUCCGGACCAGCUCAAGUUCCACACGCGUCACGGUCGCAACGCAGCCGUGCUCCACUCGGGCCUGACGGCCGCCCGGCCCAACGCCACUGGCGAGUUCAACGACGCCAUCAUCAUGAGCAACCGGCCGCUCAGGGACGGCGAGCUGUUUGAGGUGGUCAUCGAGAAAAUGGUGGACCGCUGGUCAGGUUCCCUGGAGGCAGGAGUGACGCUGGUCAAGCCGGAAGACAUCGACUUCCCCAGCACCAUGACUGACAUAGAACACGACACCUGGAUGCUCAGUGGUUCAGCCAUCAUGCAGGACGGUGCCACUAUACGCAACGGCUACCCGCUUGACCUUGACUCUCUGACCAUCGGCUCGCGGGUGGGCAUGAUGCGAUGCUCCGACGGCACGCUGCACUACUUUCUGGACGGAGUGGACCAGGGGGUGGCCAGUGCAGAUAUAGCUCCAGGCGUGUACGCUGUGAUCGACCUGUACGGUCAGUGUGGCCAGGUGAGCAUGUCGUGUGGGACCAUCGUGAUGCCACCCGCCCACCUCCUGCCCCAGCCCGCCAGUCUACACACAGAGCCACUGUCCACGCCCUCCGUCGCCAACACAGAGGUGACCCACAGACUGAGCAAGUGUUGCGGCAAAAACAUCACCUUACGCAGCACAUGCUGGGGAGCUAGUCGCGUGCAGGGAUACAACCACGGCAUUGUCUUCAGCUCAGAGCCACUUAAGUACGACGAGAUUUUCGAGGUGGAGGUGAGCGAGGUGUCUGCCCAAUGGUCAGGCUCCCUCAAGAUCGGACUGACCACCAUGGCCAUCUCCGACAGCAGCUCGCCGGUCAAUAUCCCUGCCACCGCCGACGAGAUCACCUCCAAGGUCACCUGGGUCGUGGUGGGGUCGGAGGUGAAGAAGAACGGCGUUGUGGUCAAGGAUAACUACGCUCCGUCCUUGGCCAGGUUACAGGUGGGCGACCGACUCGGCGUGUGUCGCGACUCUGACGGGGCCAUGCACGUGCUCCUCAACGGGGACGACCUUGGAGAAGCAGCCUCGGGGAUCCCUAAGAAUGUGUUUGCGGUGGUGGACAUCCACGGGUGUGUGGAGGGUGUGGUGGUCAUCAGCAGCUGUAGCGUGGACAGCACCAGCAUCAGUCUCUCGCCCGCCGUAGAGACGGAGCUCACGGCACCGGACCGGGACCAGGACAGUGACACAUCGGCCCACCUGACCACCUGUUUCCACGGCAACCACGGGAAGAACGUGCUGCUGAGGGAGGGCGGCAAGCAGGCGGAGCGUCUGACCAGCUACAACCACGGCAUGGUCGUGGGCAACAGACCACUCAAACGAAGGACUCUCUUCCAGGUCAAGCUGGGUCGUCUCAACAAGAAGUGGACGUCUUCGCUGAUGAUCGGGAUUGUGGGAUUCCCUGUGGACAAGUUCACGUUCCCAAUCUCUGCCUCGCUCAUCUGGAAGCCGUGCGUGGUGAUCCAGGGGGAGGCCGUGUUUGUCUCAGGGUUCAAGGUGAAGGACCACUACGGGCCCAACCUGGACACGCUGGGAGAGAACUGCCGCGUGGGCGUGGUGGUGGACGAGGACUCAUGCCUCCACCUGGUGGUCAACGGCAUCGACUACGGCGUGGCGGUGAGGGACGUCCCUCAUCCCUGCUGGCCGCUCGUCGAUCUCUAUGGCCAGUGUGAACAGGUGGUGAUUCUGCCAGAGGAUUUGGAGAACCCAGCGGUGACGGGGGUGAAGGAAGAGUGUGAGAAAGCCGACCUGGAGAACAAAGGGAAAGAGAAGAGUUCAAGUGGGGUGGACAACGGUCAGACAGUCCGCCACUGCGAGUAUCUCAACAUCUGCAACAGAUUCCGUGCCUCUUUGGCUCUGCCAGAUGGCUAUUUCGAAGGACCUCCGUCCUGCUUCUGCUCGGCCUGCCACAAAGCAAGGGGGGAUGACCCGCACCACCAGCGCGGAGACCCGCCCAAAGAUUUCGUCCUACCUGUCGGCUGGUGCCGCUACUUACUGAGAGCCCCCAACAAGGCCCAUGCUCUGAACGUGGCAGACAAAUGGCACUGCGCCUACCACGGCUCGCGCAUCUCCGAGGUCAGACGCAGCCUCGACACAUUUGAUCUCCUGCCUUCUGAUGAGGGCAGCUCCUCCGUAUCUUCCUCCUCCUCCUCCUCCUCUCUGUCCAUCCUGCUGCCCCGCCCGCUGCCCUACACGGAGAAGUCCCGGCCCGAGAACCUGGGCGGCAAACAGAUCUUCCUGUCUCCGACCAUACGGCAUGCCGGGGGGAACCAGUUCUCUCCCAAACAUAGGUUCACCGACCCAAAGACACGCAAGUCGUACGAAGCCCGCACAGCUUUCCAGGUGUGGGUCAAGCCAGGGUCGUACAAGGUCAGCCCGCAGUACCAGGAGGACAAGGCACGGGUCGACCCGCACUUCAAGAACUCGGAGAUAGACUGGGUCACAAAGGAGAGGGGUUCCACACUCCUGCACGCUUUGUUGGUGCGGGUGGAGUAGAUGGGUUAUCUGUGUGGGUGUACGUGAGUGCGUGUGUGUGUGGCACCACACUACUGCAUGUUUUAGUGUGGGUGGAGAAGAUAUGUCGUCUGUGCGUGCGCGGGUGUGUGUGUGUGUGUGUUGCUGUGACGUUUGAUUGGCUCUGGGCUUUCUGUGAUCGGCCUGCUUGGAAUGACAGGGUCAUCAUGGGCCUCAUCAGCCACACUUUGGAAAAUUUUUCUAUGAAUAGAAUUGAGCUUCAUGUCACUACGUCGUUGGUGCGCCAUUUUACGAUAUGCCUUUUCGUGUCAGCCAGGAUCGGUGGUUCCCAGCUCUGAGAGCUGCACUGUGGGGACACCACCAGUCAUUGGUGGGUUGAAAGUAUUAUAGUGUGCUUACCUCAAAGUUAGCAAUGAAAGAAAAAAAAAGUUGGACUUUUUGCACCCAGUCAUUCCCAGGUUGCGACGUGUUGGUGGAGUUAUUUUUGGUGUGGAAUGUGACCAAAUGUUUACAACUUUUAUUUACAACUUACACUGUCUCAAGUUUGAGAGACAACUCCUACUAUAGUAUUUGCCGUGUACAACGGCCGCCACUGAACUCUGUGUAUGUGUGUGUGUGUGUGUGCAUUUUGCUGUCGGUUUGAUUGUCUGUCUUUAUUCUCGACGGAAUGUGCGAGUGAUGGAAGUAUUGGUCUGACUGACUUUUGGGUUAUGUGUCGCUUUAGUGGCCGAAAGGAUGAACUGAAUUGACCGACUACUGGACUGCCGGACUACGAGACUUACUGCUGUUGUGGAGUCGUGUGAACUUUCUGUCUUUGGAGCUACAACUCUGUGGACUCAUUCAACAGGGGUUGGCCUUCACAGGGAAGGUUGAAACGGCCAGCUGCACAAACAACCUGAACUUUGUGGAUGGGGGCAUAAGGUAGCCUAUUUGCCAUCUACACGUGUCAGUGGACGAUUUACUCUUGCUAUUGGGGCCACUCCUCAGGCUGAAAUGCAGCAAAUUUUUUUUUUCUCAUGUGAAAUGAAUGACUUUUUGUGUUUCUUGUCAUCUCCUGCUUUUUUCUUCUUGUGCGUGUGUUCAGAUUCAAAUUUACCCAAAUAUGGAGUGGCUUAAAAUUCUGAUUAUUUCCUUCUUUCCGCAUGUGUGUGUUCAACCUGCCCUAAUACACCAUAAACGAGGAAUGACUUUGAAGAUUGGGAAUUAUUUUUUUCUUUCAUUCUGGAUCUGUGUAUUCAGAUACGCCUAAAUGUGCUGCAGUUGUGAAAUGAUGUGUGUGUGUUCGCCUGCGUGCAUGUUCAAACUGGGGUAAAUGUGAAGCCCUUAAUGGCUUUAAGAUUUUCCCCUGUUGUGUGGUCUACAGUGUGUGAUUGUCAGUCCGAACAUGACUUCAGGAGUGGGCGACGUACCAUGACCUGAGAUUCAAGACUUGUAUCUCCUCCCGCUUAUGUAUAGCUUAUAGAUUGGAGGCUCAGAUUAUGCUCAUUUUUCCUCCUUGUCAAGGCAGACACAGGAAUCAAAUUAUCGUUUUGUUUUGUUAGAGAAUACAAUACAUAUGUGUAGUGAUAUGACAAAAUGAGUUUCGUGUGACAUUUUGAUACCUCAUUCUUGUGAGUAUCAAAUGACAGAUCUGUUCAAGGCCAACAAGAGGGUGAAGGCAGGAAAAGUGUUUUUCUGACUGCUUUGGUCGGGGAGUCAGAAACACAGACUGGGGGAAAUCGAGGGUUUGCUUUGUUGGGUUUUUUUUAACCUCGUACAUCUGAAAACAGCUGACUGCAAGGAGCUACUCAUUUUUUUUCGCCAUUGUCGUACAUUUGCUGUUGGAUAGCAUUUGUUUAUAGCCUAAGUUUGGAGAGUUGACGGCUUGGGUUGUUGGACAUUUUUGUUUUGUGGGAAGACAUUUAUCGUUGUUUUUUGUUUUUUACUGCAUGAGUUUUGUAGAGUGGAUAAGUUCGGUUCCGGUCACGCAGCGGUGCCUAAAGAGGUUCAAGUCUUUCAGUGUCCGUGUAGUAUAUUAGCUGUCCUGUGGGUAUGACACUACUCGUCAGUUUUUAUCCCUGGUGAUCUUUUUUUUUUUUUUGCUAAUGACUGUGAUUGUGACUAGUACAUGAUAUACCAGUCAGGUUCUUGACCGCAGCAUGCAGAAGAGCGCGUUUUCAAUUCCCACCAGUGUGCGGAGGUCAUUCAUGGAGUAUCUCCGUCUGUCUGUUGGGGUCCUACUCUACGUCCUAUUCCUCCCGUGCUGCGCGUGACAAGCACGGCUGAAGCAGCCCACCUCCCAAAUGGUCUGUAUAUGACGAUGAGGAGUGUUACCACUUUCGUUGCCAUAUGACGUACCCCGUACGUCAUAAAAAUGUGUAAUUUUUAACAUUGUGCUGUACCUUGUACAUCAUGGAAGUUGGCAAAAUUUGCCGCUCCUGGUUACCCAUAUGACGUUACCUGUACGUCACGCUAAUAACCUGGCUUUAAUUCUUCUGUACGGAGUUUUAGCCACAAGCACUGUGUGGGUUUGUAUUCGAGAAUAAAAGAUGCGCAAUAUCGGUACCAAAUUUGCUAGUAUUUCUUUACUGCUAGGCUUGCAAGCUGUCGAUAGACACAGAUCUAGGCUUGCAAGCUGUCGAUAGACACAGAUCUAGGCUUGCGGGCCUUGUAAAACGAAAAAAUCGAAAUGACUUUAAAAAGGUAAAUAAAUUCACUUUUUGACUUAGAUUUGCGGGUUAUUCGAAAUUAUGAGUAAGAUGGGAGGAGAUGGGGAAUGAGAAAAGUGAUAAUUUAAGACGCUGUGUCCGAAAUAUGUCAAAAGUGUGCUAGAUCUAGACCGUGCCUCCAUUAACACUGAGACAUUGGGCUGCUGUCCUGGGUAACGAGCUCGACUAAAAGUCGGUGCUGACAGUAGGAGCGCAUACCCCCUGGCAACGAGAGGAUUAAAAAUAGUUACAAUCAUUAGCAAUCAAUUCAAUCAGGUGUAGUAUUUUUAUUUAAAUCCAAUGUUGUAUUUUUGUAUCUUAAAUAUCCAAUGUAUUCUGUUCUGUGCGUCAAGUUGUUCCUUGCAUCAAGACUAUGUUCUGCUCUGUUGUAUUAUUUGUAAAUUUUGUGGAAGAAAAGUAUAUCAUAUCCUCCUCCCCAUUGCGAACUGUUUGACCUUGCCUUGUGCACAACAUCCGGGGUCAGGACGGAGGUCAAAGCAGGGUCGGUGUUUCUUUCUCACAGAAACAGGUCACACUGAUUGUCAUCAUGGGCAAUGACUUGGGAGGGGUUGUACUUUACUUUUACUGUAAAGUGUAGAGCUGUAUAAUACGGUCUACCGAGUCUUUCUGAUUGGUUCAUUUUUGCCGUCUGUGAUUGGACCGCCCUGCUCGUAUUUAUUUGGGUGGUUCCGUCCUGUGCGUAUGUUGGAGUCACUUGAUUGGUUUUUGCUUUUUCCCCCCUCCUCCACAACAUGGCGGUCGUGUCUUCAAUGUGCUUCUCUGUGUUCUAACUUGACGGGAGGCUCUUGCGUCAUCUGUUCCCUCUACGCUGUUCACUGUUACUUUAUUAGUUGGGGUUUUUUUUCUCAUUUUCUAUUGUACAUGUGUUUAGAGAGCAGCAAUUGGAGGUUCACUUCUGUUCUGUCUCUCUAUUGUUCAUGUCUCUCUUGGUUCCACCCCCCCUCCCCUCCCUCCUUUUUUUUGGGGAGCAUGAUGCGUCUUUGCCAGAGUUUAUUACUCAAUAAGAUGUACGUAACUGUAAUAUUAAACAUGGUAUGAUAAUAAAGUGUUUAAUAGCGUCCCGUGCGCGUGGAAUGUCACAAUGUCGUUGUUAAACCUAAUGAAGUAGUGAGUUGUCACCGUAGCUCAGUAGACCAACUUUUUUACUAGUUGCUUUUUGCUCAUUAUUUAUCUGUGUUGUCUUGUCAGCUGGCAGUCGUUUUAUUUAGUGUUGUUGAAGGAUAUUGAUGGGUCAUCGCCCAGGAAACUUCUUAUACAGGAGAGGUUAAAAAUAGCUACAUUAAACUAUAAUAACAGACUUCUUCAACUCGAGGUUGGCAUAAAUGAACUGAGUUUUUAAAAAACCCAUUUUUUAAAAUACAAGAAUGAAAGUGAGCAAGCUGCAGUAUAACUCCAGUUGGGGACAACCUCUUUGUCUUUACGUUUUUGUUUGCUUUUUUUUUCCUAUGAGCCAGUGCCUCUUGCCAGUGAUAUGUCCACUGUUCCUUUGUAAGCAUCCGACGAAAAUACCAGAAAAUGAAACCCUUUGUGGAGGAGAAAAGUGGUUGUCUUGGACAGGUAGUGGUUAGAGCAGGUUUGACGGCCGUGUUGGUUGAGUUACACUGAGUGAUAUAUCGUUCUAUGACCCCGUGACAGUAUCUCAGCCUGGACUUGUCGCUACCUGGGGAAAAUGUAGGCAGGAAGACGCUGAAUACAUCUUUUAAAUGCUCUGCUAUCGGUGGUUUAUUUAUUUUUUAUCAUGCGGCUUUUGCAAGUCUCUGGUGACCUUUGAAGGGUUCGCUGUACGUUUUAUUUGUUCUUUUUUACCCUGCCAGUAAUUUGUGAUUUCCCAUUCUCAAAAUAAUGGCGUAAAACGUUUACAGUACAAUGGUAAUCUGUUACGUUUUUUUAAGUUAUGAAUUUUCAAAGUGUGCGUGCUUUGGUCAUUUGUGUGCUUGCUUUCUUGUGUUUGUGGGUGGUGUUGGUUUUUUUCCUGUAAGAAAAUAUGAGAAGUGAAGAAAUUAUUUAAUUAAAUAUAAUAUAUCAGCAGUCGAUCAAAAAGUAUUGAAAACAUUCUCUGAAUGUUUUGAGUGAAUGAGGUUAGAGAGUAUGAAAGAAUGCCGGUCGUUGGAGUGUUCUGAGUGACUACAUUGUGUGGUUUUGUUUUCCUGUCGAAGAAACAUACAGUAUAUUGGAAGGCGCCUCUGGCAUUGUCUACUUCUUUACUGUCCCUCUGUUGUUUCUGUCUGUCAGUCCUUGCUUUGUACCGGCACUAAACGAGUGUUAUUGUGCCAGUGUGCUUCUCUUUGCUCAAACAAAUGGAAGUAAGUGAUGCUUGUGGUAGUCGGUGUAGAUCGCUGGUCAGACCUGUAGAUACUGUACAUGCAUGCUGUGUGUUAUCGUUGGCCACGUGUUUGUACAAUCAUGCUGUUUGUGUUGUUAUUGUUGGCCACGUGUUUGUACAAUCAUGCUGUAUAUGUUGUUAUUGUUUGCCACGUCAUACUGUAUGUGUUGUUAUCGUUGGCCACAUGUACAAUCAUGCUGUUUGUGUUGUUAUCAUUGGCCACAUGUACAAUCAUGCUGUUUGUGUUGUUAUCGUUGGCCACAUGUACAAUCAUGCUGUAUGUGUUGUUAUCGUUGGCCACAUGUACAAUCAUGCUGUAUGUGUUGUUAUUGUUGGCCACAUAUUGUACUAUCAUGCUGUAUGUGUUGUUAUUGUUGGCCACAUGUACAAUCAUGCUGUAUGUGUUAUUGUUCGCCACAUGUACAAUCAUGCUGUAUGUGUUGUUAUUGUUGGCCACAUGUACAAUCAUGCUGUUUGUGUUGUUAUUGUUGGCCACAUAUUGUACUAUCAUGCUGUAUGUGUUGUUAUUGUUGGCCACGUAUUGUACCGUCAUGCUGUAUGUGUUGUUAUUGUUGGCCACGUUUCGGUUACAAACUUAAUUCAUGCUGUGAGAAGAAGGUUUAUUUGCUUUCCUGCAUUGACUGCUAGUUUUUUUGGGGGGUAAGAGUUUAACGGCGCUGGCAACUACAUAACGUCAUAGCUUGUUCUUUGAAAGUGAGCUCUGUAUGGGAAAGUGGUUGGAGGGUGUCACUGAUGGUCCCAAGCUUUUCUAUUCCUUCAUGUGUUUCUGUCUGUCUGCAUAUCUUGCCUUUCCCCUGCUCAUUAUGUUCUGCAUUAAUCAAACUAAAGUUCUGAGUGCAACUGGUAUAAGAAUGGGUGGUUGGAGGGCGCCACUUAAGUUAGUCCUGCUUCUGUCCUUUCCCUCUGUCUGUCUGUCUGUCUGCUGUCUGUCUUGCUUUUUUCCCUGCACUAAAUACCUGUUGUAUGGAUGUGCUCCUAUUUACUCAAACAAACAAACUGUUAAAAGAAAGAAAUAAGCAGUACAGAAAAUUCAUUAGUAUUAUUGUAUUGUAUUAUGUCCACUCAGCAGUAUUCAGCGGGUGGUUGGAGGACGCCACUUGUUGGUUUCACUUUUUUUUUCCUUCUUUCUUUCCCUCUGUGGUUUCUGUUAGACUGCCUGUCUGCCUCCCUGUUCCCCUGAACUAAAAGAUUCUUACUUAUAAUCUGAAUGUAUGCUUAUUCUCAAACGAAGCGAAGUAAUGAGCAAUGUUGAGCGGAGGAUUGCUGGGCUUUAUUCCAGCGGUGUUCAGAGAAGGCAAAAGCCGUACCUCGUCUAGUGGGGUCCGGGUUGCUCUCCAUUAUUUUAUACUGCUUUUACUUUUACGCCUAGAUAUUUAGGGGGGGGGGGGUCUUCUGGAAGUCAAGCUGCUCACUUCUUGUAUGGGUGGGAGGUUUAAGGGCACCACUUGGUAAGUCCUGCUUCUUUUCUGUCCCUCUAUUGUUUUUGUCGGUCCAUCUUGCUUUUUCCCAGUAUUAAAUGACAAAUGUUAUAUCGACUCAAUGUAUUUCUCUUUACUUAAACUAGAUUUGUUGUGUUUUACUAUCUUAUCCAUACGAUUUUGGGAACUCUGUGCCCCCACUUUCCAAAGAGGAAAUUUACUCGUUAUUCCGAUCCGUACGUUUUGCAUAGCAGUCUGUCAAAAUGAUUUUUUGAGAAAUACUGAAAGUUCCAAAAAGAUCUUCGCUCUAUAAGUAUUGUAAAAUGUGAAGAAUACAACCACUGGGGUAGGAAAUGACCCCAGGCGUACGGAUAGGGUUAAACUAGUUUUGUUGUGGUGUUGGUAGUUUUUCUCAUAAUGUCACUGAACAAAGGAGUUUGAACUUGAACUUAGUUUUUGAUUUGUUCGUCUGUGGCUUUUCUGUUGUAAACUUUUAUAUGCUGGGUCUCCGAGUGCUUUUGUCAGUAAACCUGUCUUGAUGAUGUUUGUUACUUCUUUGAUCUUUUAAAGUACAUUAGUUUUAGUUUAUGCUUGCUUGAUGGGGCGUAAGAGAAUUGGACAAUUGUAGAAUUUCAGUUUGAUGUGAAUUGCAAAUAUACUGAUGGCUGAGUUCAAGACGCCACCAAGCACCAAAUUGCAUAAUUUCAGGGGUGAGGGGGGGGGGAAUUCAUGUGUCAAUUUAGUAUGAUGGUAUAUAUUUGUUUUUAUGCUUUUGAGUAUUUGAGAGGAUCUCGACAGUGGAUACAUACAAUUCAUCUGGACCCCGAUGUAACGACCCAGCAUUUACUUAUAUUUGUCAAAAUUUUGUCUCAGUCUCUCAGGACCUCUGCAUUCCAAAGGGGAAGAGCAGCAGUGAAUAGAUCUAUAUACUGUAGAUGUAGCAACAAUGAAUGCACUGUGGAUGUCUUCUUGACAAUGCCGAGAUUUGAAUACUUAAACCUGUGGGGCUUUUUCUAUUUUAUAAAUACAUCUUGAGAGGGUGAAUGUUUCCUACUCUGUGGGCUCUUUAAUUUAUUUUGAGGGUGAAAUCACAUAAACAUGGACUUACAUGGUGAGGAUGAAUGAUUUUUUGUGUAUGAUAUGUAGACUGGCUGAACAAAGAUGGCACAACAUGUUUGUUAUCUUGUGUGACUGACGCGUGCUGUGCUUUGUGGCUGAUGCUGUAUGUGACGUGUAUGGUGAACAAUGUUGUAAACCUUGUGUGCUAGUGUGGAUGACGUUGUACUUUGUAUGUCAUAUUUAAAACAUUACUCUAUGAAUGACACUGUUCUGUAUGUGGUGUUUUAUGUGAAUGAAGCUGUACGCGAUGUGUUAUUUAAUGUGCAUAGCUGCCAACCAGUACAUAUAAAAUGUUUUUGAGGGUCUGAUUACGGAAGUCCGUUGGCAUACUUGUGUACGCUCCUAUUUCUAGUACCGGUAUUGCUCCUCACAGGCUUGCUGAUACUGGAGAGAAAUUGUGAACUUUCAAGAUUUGAGUUACGAAUGAUAUUGAGAAUGAAAUUGAGAGGACAAUUGUAGUCGUGUCCUUUCCCAUUGACAGUUAUUGAACAGGAAUGUAUUGAAUGCAGGAAAAUAUGUGUGCAAAGGGUUUGGAGAGGGGUUAUUGCAUCAAUACCCACCGCCUUGACUUGCCGUGUGAAUAUAGAGUCCGUUUUCUUUUUAGUUUUUGGUUUUGGAAAGUGGGCAGCUAUGAAUGUGAAUGGUGCAAUGAGACGGCACUUGAUGUGUUGUGUGAAUGUCUUUGUAUAUGAUGUGUCGUAUGUAUGAAAUACUCUGUGUAUGUGUAAUGUAAAUUAAUGCUAUUCAUGAUGGAUUAUGUGAAUGAUUCUCUAUGAUAAGUGUAAUGGGAAAGACAAUAAUAUGAAUGAAUGAAUCUCAUCCAAGAUGUUCCCAGAGAAUGACAAAUCCUUUUUCCCCCCUGACACUUCCAUUGCCAUACCUUCACUCGCCUACCCUCGUUCUUUGUCAAAGUUUUUUUUUUUUCUUUCUUUUUGUUCAUGAAGUGGAGAGUCCAAACUGCGGCUUAAGUGGACAGUGUUUGCCAUGUGAUAUUGUGGAGCUAGUCCAGUGACUGGUGACUUUGUGUUUUGUAGACGUGUGCUUGUCAGAGAGUGGCAGAGAGGCCAGGCUCCACCUCUCCAAUCAUUUUUGAUGAAUUAAAAGAAAUUUUUAUUUCAUUUU